UACCGCAAUAAUCAGAAUGCCGCCACUAGACGGCAAAUUUUGUUGUCUUUAAUUUUUAGUUUUCUUAAAAUUGCGAUUUAAAAUAUAGUACAGUACGUUUUUACUGCAUAUAUUAGUAUGAGCGAUGUGCUAAAGAGCUCCCAGGAGCGAUCCCGCAAGCGUCGUUUGCUUUUAGCGCAAACUUUGGGCUUGUCGAGCGUCGACGAUCUGAAAAAGGCUUUGGGUAAUGCCGAAGACAUUAACAGUAGUCGCCAGCUGAAUUCCGGUGGGCAACGCGAGGAGGAGGAUGGUGGCGCCUCUUCCUCCAAGAAAACCCCCAAUGAAAUCAUCUAUAGGGACUCCUCGACCUUCCUGAAGGGAACCCAGUCUUCCAAUCCGCACAAUGACUACUGCCAGCACUUUGUGGACACCGGUCAGCGUCCCCAGAACUUCAUCCGUGAUGUCGGCCUAGCUGACCGCUUCGAGGAGUAUCCCAAGUUGAGGGAACUGAUCAAACUGAAGGACAAACUCAUCCAAGACACCGCAUCCGCACCUAUGUACUUAAAGGCGGAUCUGAAAUCGCUAGAUGUCAAGACGCUGGGCGCCAAGUUUGAUGUUAUUUUGAUUGAGCCGCCGCUAGAGGAAUAUGCCAGGGCAGCACCUUCUGUAGCCACUGUAGGUGGGGCACCGCGGGUUUUCUGGAACUGGGAUGAUAUACUUAAUUUGGAUGUGGGCGAGAUAGCUGCUCAUCGUUCGUUUGUAUUCCUUUGGUGCGGAUCCUCGGAGGGCUUGGACAUGGGCCGCAACUGCCUGAAGAAGUGGGGAUUCCGGAGGUGCGAAGACAUAUGUUGGAUACGGACCAACAUUAACAAGCCCGGGCACUCCAAGCAACUUGAACCGAAAGCGGUCUUUCAACGCACCAAGGAACACUGCCUGAUGGGAAUCAAAGGAACUGUUCGCCGCUCCACUGAUGGCGAUUUUAUCCAUGCCAACGUGGACAUUGAUUUAAUCAUCUCAGAGGAAGAGGAGUUUGGCAGCUUCGAGAAGCCCAUCGAGAUCUUUCACAUCAUCGAACAUUUCUGCUUGGGUCGACGGCGUUUGCAUCUGUUCGGCAGAGAUUCGAGUAUUCGACCAGGUUGGCUAACUGUUGGUCCGGAACUGACGAACUCGAACUUCAACUCCGAGCUAUACCAGACCUACUUUGCUGAGGCUCCAGCCACCGGUUGCACUAGUAGGAUUGAACUACUGAGGCCCAAGAGUCCGCCGCCGAAUAGCAAAGUUUUAAGAGGAAGAGGACGCGGCUUUCCACGUGGUCGUGGAAGGCCCAGAUAACAGCAUUUUUACUCAACAACUGCGUGUAUUCUAGUGUCUAAGAUCAAAAGUUUUUAAGGCUAAGAAUAAGAUUAACAUUAAAGUCUAUUGCUGCAG